GUACAUUCAAAUAAGGUGAAGUUUUAAAGUGCAAGACUUAACGAUGCCGCUGACAAGUUGACCUAGAAAUUCUGCUGCAACGUUUUUUAUGGGCAGAAUAAUUUUACCUCGACGUCAACUGUGAAAGUGGGUCGACCUCCAGCGUCGUCAUGCAGUCUGGUCUGUGUGGUUUAGAGAGGCGGAUCAAAGACACAUGGUGACAUCAUCAGAGGAAGUCCAAGACAGCAGCGCUGACGCUCUGAUCAGGAUAAAAGUCAGAGCUUAACCCCGACGUCCAGCACAGCACCUGCACACAGGAAGAAGAAGAAGACCACCUAAAAACUGCACAAACACCCGCGGAGCUUCAGUCAAGUCAGCACGACAGCAUCGAGUACCAUCGGACCUCCAGGUUACAGCUUCUGACCUGAACCUCCAGCGGACACCGAGGACCCUGAGGAGUUGGACAGAGUGACACCCGCAAAAAGACAAAAACCCAGAUCUAAUUAAGGACAACGAGGACACUCAAAGAGUCCAAACCGUCGUCAUGUUCCCAGAAUCAAACUCCUCCAAAGUGACGGCCGCCUGUGUGGCGAUGAUGAUAAUGAUGAUGGUGAUGACCAAUGAGGCAGCAGUGGUGCCGAAACACUCGGCGAAGACACAGAAGUCCUCUGACGGUGCGGCGGUAGAAACGGUCCCCCUGCAGCUUGACACCAACGCUUUGGCUCCUACCAGAAACAUCAGGCCACUGGAGAACGCCUCCAUCUCCCCGUGGGCGUACAACGUCUCCCACGACGACUCUAUGUUCCCUCCCAUAUUGUCGGAGGCUCGUUGUUUGCUGCGCGGCUGUCUGGACUCGGAGGGCCUGGAGGACCUGAGCCUAGAGUCCAGACCCAUCAUGCACCAGGUGUUGUUGCUGCGUCGGGUCAGGUCAGCCGCGUCGGCAGGGUCGGGGGUGGGACAUAGCUACCACUACCGGCUGGAGUCCCGCCUCAUCGCUGUGGGCUGCACCUGUGUACGACCCGUCAUCCAACACCAACAAUGAAGACCAGCAGAGACCAGAACAGCUGCUUGGUCAGUCUGGCUUAAACAGACGCUUCUGUACGGAAGACCAGUGCCGCUGAGUCGAAACUAUUACUUGUUGUUUUCUUAUUAUGCAUUAAUAUAUCAAAUUAGGAAAAUCACAGAGUUAAAACGCAUCGAGUUAAUUAUUAGGACUGAGUGUGUCAGUUUUAAUAUAUAAUUAUCAUAACGUACUUAUAAUAACAGAAAAGAAGUUACUAUGGUUUUCAACAGAUUGUAGAAGUUUUGUAAAAAAAUAAAUUUAAAAAAAGCAUAAAUCAGAGUGGAAGAUAUAAAUAAAUAAGAUUAAAUAAAUAAUGCAGAUUAAUGCAUUCUGCACCAGGAGUUUAUUUUGGAGGAGAGAAAGAAUUGACGUGAAUGUGACUUAAGGAAGAGUAUUUAAUUUAACGCGUAUGACAAUAAAUUGAUGUGAUGUGGGAGAUAAUUUGCAUUUAACGGAAACUAAUAUUGUUUUUUUAAUAUAUUGAACCUAAAUGUAAAAUAUACUGAUAUCCAGAGAAUAACAGGGCGGAGAGUAAUAAAAGGACCAAGUACAUAUUUCUCAUAAUUAUGUCUCACACUUAUUUCUUAGUAUCUAAAGGUGAAUCGUGAUUUUAAGAGUCUCAUCAUACAAAAAUGUGACUUUGCAUAAGUUAGUUAGUAAUUAGACUUAACAAUCAUCCUACAACUUUUUUACAUUUUUAAAUCAGUUGAUUUGAUUUGAGGUGAAAGUUUUCAUCUUCUCAGUGAGUUUCAUUUUUUAUUUGUGUCGCCUACAUGCUGCUCUGUGAUCCACCUGAUGUUGAAGUAAUUCUUUUUAUUUAGUAUUUGCUUAUUAUUUAUUCCUAAUAUGUUUUUUCAAUAUUGUAUUUUUUUUGUUUUACAUUUAAAAAAUGUUGUUUAGAAAAAUAGCACACAGAGGCAUGGAGAAACUAAACAACUUUACCCUGAAGCUGAAGUUUAAAAAGAUCAUUAUCGGAUGUGUUUCACGUUUUAUUUAUGGUUUUAGAUUAUUUUUAUGUUUUGGUAUUUAUUGGUGAUGUUAUAUUAAUGUAUUUAUAGUUAAAUGGCUGAAUGUGGUGACUCAAUAAAAAAACUGAACAAUUAAAA